UUCUAUCGAGAUAAUAUUCGAAGUAAUUCGUUCAUAUUUGGCUGUUUGUCAUCUAAUGUAGAGAUCAGUAGAAAUCGAACUAUUUUUUUUAUUAUAAAUUAGUUCAACUGGUUGUUUUAUUCAUUUUAUAAAUAUGUCGCGGCCGGGUGAUAGACCAAAUCAAGCUCAAACAUACAAACUUGUAGUAGUCGGCGGCGGGGGCGUCGGGAAAAGUGCGAUUACAAUACAAUUCAUUCAGAGUUAUUUCGUGACUGAUUAUGACCCCACUAUUGAGGACAGCUACACCAAGCAGUGUGUCAUUGAUGACAUACCAGCUAAGUUGGACAUUCUGGACACGGCGGGCCAAGAGGAGUUCAGUGCUAUGCGCGAACAGUACAUGAGGUCUGGCGAGGGGUUCCUCCUCGUGUUCUCAGUGGCUGACCACGCGAGCUUCGACGAGCUGUACAAGUUCCACAAGCAGAUCCUGCGCGUCAAGGAUCGAGAUGAGUUUCCCAUGCUUAUGGUGGGCAACAAAGCGGAUCUGGAGAUGCAGAGAGUGGUAUCACUAGAGGCGGCCCAAGCGCUCUCCCGCCAACUGAAGGUCCCGUACAUUGAGUGCAGUGCCAAAGCGCGGAUGAACGUGGACCAGGCGUUCCACGAGCUGGUGCGGCUCGUCCGCCGGUUCCAGGAGGCGGAGAGGAUCAACAACAAGUCCAACUACACGCCGCACAAGAAGCGGACAUGCGUUAUGUUGUAACAGAAGACUGUUGUAAGCUUUAAUUACGUAUAUGUAUUAUAUUAACCAACUCCAAUUCGAUUGUACAAUGCGGACUCCGAGUCGGAAUCGUUAGAGUUGUCUUAAGUUGUUCUAUUGAUUGAAACUGCUGUUCGAUGCACAAUAAACAAGUACAUUUUUCAAUACUCUAAUUAUCAAAGUAAUAAAAAUUGUACAAGUGCCAAUGAUAAGUUUAUUACCAUAAUAAAAAUAAAUUGAUAGUGUUGCCACCUACAAGAAAAAAACGCCUUAUAAUACAGUGUGAAUUGCCAGUAAAGAAAAAAAAGGUAUGUGGGUAGAAAAUGAUAAAAAAAAUGAAAUCUUGAUAUUUUCGUAUUUUUUUUUAAUUAUGCUUUAGUGGUAAUUAUUUAUAUCGCGUUACUCGCCUAUUAAAUUCGAAGAUGUCCCGACUUGUUUCGAACGCGACUGGACUAACAUUUGCGACACAACCGUGAUCAGCGCUCCUGAAUAAGGCCUCUUAUUGAGUUAGGAACUAGUUGGGAAUUCCCGAAUUGAAAACUUGAGUGAAACCGAUAUAAAUAAUUCCAAUAUGAUUCACAAUAGUUAUUAUUUAACAUACUGUCUUUAUUGGAAUAUAAUUUUUUUAUAAUUAAUGUUUUUAAAACAAUAUGCAAUUAGUAAAUUGCCAGUAAAAUGGCUAAUUAUAAAUAUUUUAAGCUUUCCACACUAAUGUAACAGUUAGUAUGGGAGCCUCAAACAAUAGUAUCCCAUACUAAUUGUGCAUUCAGCCCCAAUUUUUUUUUUUUUUUAAUUUCUUUGGAAUAUAAUUACAGUUUAACUGGUAGAACAUUAAGAGAAUGCUAAUGAUUUCGAUCCAGCCUGUAUUUUGUAAACUGACAGAUGUUGGUUGAUGUUCACAAAUUUGAGUUAUACAGGGUGUGCAAGUGCAAAAUAAUUAGUAAUACAGCAUUAUAGGGGUUGAUUACUACGUACUGAAAUAUAAAAUCUUAACAUAUUUUACAUAUGAAUGCAUUUUUAUGUCUGGUCAUAACUAUGGGUCUACCAUGAAAUGAAAUUCCGAAAUUUCGGACUGAAUUUCGUGUUUUUGUUUAUACCAAAAUAGUACCAAUAAAUGGAGUUUAACAUUUCGUUCGUCAUACAAUACUAUCAUAAAAGUCAAAAGGAACAAUAUUUUAACAUUUUUAAUAUUUCCAAACGGCAUGUAUUAUGUAAUUUUAACAUUAAAUUUCUGUUUCGUUUGGCUCCGAAAUUUCGGGAAACAUUUCACGGUACGCCCUCUGGUUGGUCAAAAACGUAUCUGCUGCCUCAAAUAUAUCUCAAAUUUGAAAACAACAACGGGACAUUUGGAAAAGUUUUUUUAUAUACAUAUAAAUAUGAUUUUGAUAGCUCUAUAACUAAAAAUAGGACGCAGAAGCGGUAUUAAACAGGUGUUAGAGUCAGCGCAUGCUGUAACCAGUACUGUUAGAACGAUUGUCUAAUGCAAAUAAUAUGCGUACUCAGGGAAUUGUCGAUAUAUGCGAAAAGUUUACAUGUUAGAUUUAAGAGCAUCGAGCUAUCAUACAUGUAUAUCCACCCUUUGUGUUCUUUUAUUUCAGUUUUGACAGUUUGAUUACUAAUUUAUUCUCUCAAAAAGCAAUAUUAAUUCUUAGAAACAAAUUAGUAUUGCUAUAUUUGUUUCUCUAUUCAAUAAUGCACCGCCUACGUAUUUCUCGGUUCGCCCAAUGGUCGACUGGUAGAGAACACCGUCCGGUGUUAAGUCCGCCAAAUGGACAUAGAAUUUUACUGUGCGUUAAAGUUUAAAUGAAUAAAUAAAUAUAAAUAUUUUUGCAAUUUUAGAAGCAACAAGUGAUCUAAAAUGUUUGGUGUGUCCCAAUGAAUUAUGUGACAAGACUGAGACUUUUUUUUUAUUUAUUUAGCAUGCAUAAAUACAUUUAAAAAAAAAACUGGAUUUUUAGUUAAAUCGUAUAUAAAUACGAAAGUAAGUGUUAACGCUUUGUUUCUGAAUGGCUAAACCAAUUUCAUAAUUAUUUAUCAUGAAGUAGAACAAAGAAACGGAACUCUUUUAGAGUUAAGCUCGCCUUUAUACGUUUACUUACCUCUGUCAUGUUUUUUUAUGUAUUAUUAGUGUUUACAAUGAUAUAUAAAUAAGUAAAUAAAUCCGGCAUAGUAUAGUCCACCUUUUCCUGUCCCAUGAGUGUCGUAAGAUGCGACUAAGGGAGGGCGAGGGAUGGCCAGCAGCAUACCUCUUAAAACAUCUCCAAAGCCUAAGCAAAGUGUGGCAACUGCUGGCAAAAAUACCCAAGGGGCAAAAAUGCACAAAUACCAUAUGUUCAGCAGUGGACAGUUAAAGGCUGGUAUGAUGAUGAAGUAAAUAAAAGCCUGGCCUUCAAUAUGUCACGGAUACACAAUGUUAAGGCCAUAUCAGAUACAUAAUAAAUGGUUAUAAUUAAGAUUUACGCAGUUAAAGCUUAAAUUUCAUAAAAUCUAUAACUGGUUUUUUUUUACACAACUUAGAAUGGCAAACAAGCUGACGGCCCACCUGAUGGAAAGUGGUAACCGUCGCCUAUAGACAUGAGCAGUACCAUGGAUAUAACAGAG